CUCCAAAAAUGGCUAUUGUCAUCGAAUUUGCCAGGCCGGUCCUGUUCACCGUCUUCGGCCGAGCUGUUUACGGCUAUGGACUCUGCAUGGCUCUAGCAUUCUUAUCCGCCUUAUUUCUCGGUGAUGGCGAGCUGAAAAGAAAGAACUUGAAGAUCGACUCGUCGGCGUUGCUGCUGUCAGCGAUGAUAGGGGGAAUUCUAGGGUCACGACUGCAUUAUGUGCUCACUUGGAAUAGCACAGCUUCUUUCUGGGAUAUGUCUACGGGUCAUUCCUUCCAAGGAGGGUUGUUGGGUGGUAUCAUAGGCACUACGGGGUAUACUAAGCUCUACUGUCAUGAAUCUAUCGGUCGUAUGUUGGACACUUUGGCGCCGCUGCUUCUUAUAGGGCAUUCCAUAGGUAAGGUUGGUUGCUUCAUAUCUGGAGACGGAUGUUAUGGUUAUCCUACUGACGUCCCGUGGGCAAUGAGCUUCCCUAAUGGGUUGGUUCCAACUACUAUACCGGUCCAUCCGGCGCCCCUGUACGAGAUGGUUACUUCUGGAGGAGUCGGAUUGCUUCUGUGGCUUCGCAGGAAACAGCGUGAAGCUGUGCCCUGGGCUCAGAUGUCUGACAUGCUGAUAUUACUGGGCAGCACUAGAUUUUUCGUGGAGAGAUACCGUGGGCAUAACAGGUUGGAAGGAAUUGGGAUCAGCCAGUUCCAAGUGUUUGCUCUGGGCUUUAUAGUGGCUGGGGUUAUCGUGAGGUUGGCGACCAAUCGUGAGUGGCUGGGCACGAAAAAGAGCGAAAAAGUAUCUUCGAAAAAAAAGACAGCGCGUGCCAAGAAAACGAACUAGGAAUGGUAUUUUUGGUAAGUAUUUGAGAACUUCGGUCCGCGAAUGUUGCAGAGC